CAUGCUCAGUAAUUUUUUAUAAUUUACUCUAUAGUUUACUUACAAUUUGCUAUAAAUUAAAAUGACUUGUGUACUUGGAGGGGGAAUCUGAGAGACCGCCACCCUUGGGUCCAUUUAAAUGACAGAAGCCAUUAAGGAUCUCGCCAGGACAACUGCAUGCAGUCUUCAAAAGACAAUGCCUGGUCCAGUGAUCUCAGCAUGGCAUGUUUUGUUUUUGCAGACAGUGUAGUUCUCUUGGCUUCUUUUGGCAGUAAUCUCCAGCACACAGAAGGAACACUGUGGCCAGGUGUGAAGUAUGUAAAAGAACGAGAAUCAGUGCUUCCAAGGCGAGGACUGGGAGCAAUCUGCUGCUCAAAAUAGUUCAAAUAUUUUGGGGUUGUAUUGCUCAAGAGUGAGGGUAAGACAGAGGUGCGGGGUAAUUGAUGAAGCAUCAGCAGAGAUGCAGUUCUUAUACUGAACUGUUGUGCUGAAGAAAGAGAACAAGAGAACAAAAUAAGCUUUCCUUCACAAGACUGAGUUCACUCUAUUGAUGGUGUGAAGAACUUGGCACCUAGAAUUACAAAUGGAGACAAAAGCCAGGAAAGGGACAUUUGCAUACAGAUGAAUUGUAAUUACAAUGAGAAGCAAAGACACAGAGAGGGCAUUUACAUUCAGAUCUGUCUAGAAACACACAACUGGAAGGAUUAAAGGGUCAAAUUAGGAAAUCCUGAGAGUUGCUGCCAGUGCUCCCAGACAUUACCUGAAUGUUGGACAUCACUUGAUUACUGGAUCUGUAAUGUGUGUAUGUCUUCAUCACCUGCUAGGACUAAUAGGCAAGCAGAAGAAUUCCAAAGUUUGUUGUGAAAGAUUUUACCGUCAGCCAGAGCAAUAGAAAUGGCCUUUCCUUGUUACAUUUUUAACAGGACAAAGGUCCCAAAGUGAAAAGACAACAAGCUAAUCUGAAUGGUGUUAUUGUAUAACCUCUCGUUCACCAACUUUGGAUGGAUGCUUAUUUGAAAAUCCGCAUACCAGUCUGUUGAAUGUGUGCCCGUUCAGAAGUUAAAAUGCUUAAACUUUCCAGUAAGACUAGACUCAAGUUGUGUUUCUAGUGUUGCACUUGUUUGUGACAAAGAUAUAUGCCUGCCUGUGAAUUUAUCAUGUGCAUAUGAGCAAUGAACAUAAAUUGGGAAAACAGCAUCAAGCAGCAAAUCUCAGAAUGUUUUUUGCAGAAAAAGCAGGUGACAGACAAUUUUCAAUCACAGCUCUUUUCUGGGUCAUGCAUGCUUGCAAGCUUACACAAUCGACUGUCUCCAUAGAUUUACAAGCAAAGUGGAGUUAAUAUUAAAUUCAAGCAAACAGUUUUAACUGCCCCUUUUGCAAGUACUGCUUUAUCAGUUAACAGUUUCUUUAGUUGCACGCCAUAUCUGUACGGGGCAACAAGAACUACAGCGUCUUCAUCUUGGGCUUACUGACUUGACCAUGGCAGAACCUGAAACCCUGAAAAUCAAGCGGGAAAUUGGGCUGAUUGGCGGUGUUGCUCUUAUUUCAGGCACUAUGAUUGGAUCCGGUAUAUUCAUGUCACCACAGUUUGUACUGGCCUACGUGGGGAGUCCUGGAGCAAGUCUGGUGAUCUGGGCUCUCUCAGGAUUAGUUGCUAUGUUAGCAGCUCUGUCCUAUGCCGAACUUGGGACAAUCAUAACUGAAUCUGGUGGGGAGUUCAUCUACAUACUAAGGAUCUAUGGUUCAUGUCCUGCUUUCUUUGCAGCAGUCACUUUUAUCAUGAUUGUGAAGCCAUUUGGCAUAGCUGCAAUGGGUAUUAGCAUUGCAGAGUAUGUUCUGGCAGUGUUUUACACUGACUGCUAUCCUCCUCAGGUGGCAGUGAAGUGUGCUGCAGCUGUGACUAUACUGGUUGAUGCCAUAGUCAACAUCUUGAAUGUGCGCUUUGCCAUCAGAGUCCAAGUGAUCUUCUUGGUGGCCAAGGUGCUAACAUUGACAUUUAUCAUAAUUGGAAGUAUAGUGGAGGUCAUUCAGAACAGCAGUGUCAUUGUGGAGAAUUUGAAAGUUGAGAAUUCAUUCAAAGACACUCAGUACUCUGUGAGCACUCUAGGAAUGGCCUUUUAUCAAGGACUGUGGUCUUAUGCUGGCUGGUACAACCUGAACUAUGUCACAGAGGAGUUAAGAAGACCAGAGGUAAAUCUUCCUAGGGCUGUUAUCAUAGCCAUUUCUCUGGUGACUGGCUUAUAUCUGCUGGUGAAUGUGAGCUACUUGACGGUGAUGACACCAAGAGAGCUCAUGUCCUCCAGCGCAGUAGCAGUAACCUGGGGGAAUAAGGUGUUAGGAAGCUGGGGUUGGAUCAUGUCUGUGGCUGCAGCAUUGUCUGCUUUUGGUUCACUGAACGGGACGUUCUUCAGCGGUGGUCGUGUGUGCUUUGUUGCUGCCAGGGAAGGACACAUGCCAGAUAUUUUGGCCAUGGCUCAUGUCCACAGACUGACUCCAUCACCAGCCCUGAUUUUCACUACUAUUAUCUCACUGGUGGUGCUGAUCCCUGGAGACUUCCAGAGUAUCGUCAACUACUUCAGUUUCACUGCCUGGUUUUUCUAUGCCAUCACCCUGUCUGGACUUGUCUAUCUCAAGAUUAAGAGGCCGGAGCUCCCCAGGCCAUACUCAGUCCCCAUUAUAAUCCCCAUAGUCGUCCUCAUUGUGGCAAUAGCCCUUGUGCUGGCACCCAUCAUAGACAAUCCUCAAAUUGAAUACCUCUAUGUGGCUAUAUUUAUCCUAAGUGGAGCCAUAAUCUACGUACCCUUCAUCCAUUAUAAACUCUUCCCAGGAGUGUUAACCAAGUUAACAGUGUUUCUGCAGCUGUUCCUCGAGGUUGCACCGGCAGAGAAAAACCUGUGAUUUUGUCAGAAAAAAAGGUGUUUUCCAGUUUUAUUGUUUGUGCUUUUUAAACGUCGCCUGUUUUUGCUGUAACAUUAAUAUGGCAUUUGUUAGAAACUCAUUACCUGCCAUUUAUCUUUACUUCUCAAAGAUUAAAUGUUGAUUUGUGUGUGUAGGUAACCACAUUCUGUCUGUAAAAGGUGCUACUGAAAGCAUUAAUACGCUGAGAUGUACAUUUGAUUGUCAUUUUCUUGGCAUUUUUACCAAAUUUUAAGACCACCUUAAAAUAAAUGUGAUUCAGAAGUAAAUCUGUCUUCAAAAUAUCAAUCUGUUCCCAAAAAUGAAAUGUGACUGAUCUUCUGAAAUCAUCAGUUUCUGCCUGUGCAAGAGUUCACC